GUCCUAUUGGAAAUGAAAGUUAGAGUUUGGGGGUGGUAUGUGAUAUGUGUGUAUUUUUUCUGCAGAAUGUUAGUACUGUGGGUCCCAUUAUCACAGCAAAAAGGUGACAGGAAAACUGGAAUAGAGACUACUGGGACUUCAUUUAAGAAAGGGUUUGGGCUUAAUGUUUGUCGUGGCAAAACCGACAAGGUUAAUUUAAGAGAACAUGUAUGAUGGCACAAGGUGACCUGAAGAAGAGAUUUGAAGGCUUUGAUUCUAUAUCCCUGUUCCAUUUGGAUUGGUAAGAAUUACUGGGUGUCAUUCUGGAAUUUUUGGUUUCCUACAAGUUUCUUAUUAAGGCUACUUCCACAGGACAUUACUUUGAAACUGUUUGAGCUCUACAGCUCAGAGACAACUUGAAGCAAACAUCCCAACUCUGUGAACUUCAGUUUGGGCAUAAAUUCCAGAUUUGCCAUAUGUGUCACUGUCUCAGCAAAUGGCACCACCUAGUCCAAGCAGCAGUACCCCUAACAGCAACAGUGGGAGCAAUGGAAAUGACCAGCUGAGCAAAACCAACCUCUAUAUCCGGGGAUUGCAACCAGGCACUACUGACCAAGACCUUGUCAAAUUGUGCCAGUCAUAUGGCAAGAUUGUCUCCACUAAGGCCAUACUGGACAAGAGUACAAACAAAUGCAAAGGCUAUGGCUUUGUGGACUUUGACAGUCCUUCGGCAGCACAGAAAGCUGUCACAGCACUGAAAGCCAGUGGUGUGCAGGCACAGAUGGCAAAGCAACAGGAGCAGGACCCCACAAAUUUAUACAUAUCAAACCUUCCAUUAUCAAUGGAUGAACAAGAACUGGAGGGGAUGCUGAAGCCCUUUGGCCAGGUUAUCUCUACUCGAAUCCUUCGAGAUACCAGUGGGACCAGCAGAGGGGUUGGCUUUGCAAGGAUGGAGUCCACAGAGAAGUGUGAAGCCAUCAUCACCCACUUUAAUGGAAAAUAUAUUAAGACACCUGCUGGAGUACCAGCCCCUUCUGAUCCCUUGCUUUGCAAAUUUGCUGAUGGUGGUCCAAAGAAACGACAGAACCAAGGAAAAUAUGUGCAAAAUGGACGGGCCUGGCCAAGGAAUGGAGAUGUGGGUGGUAUGGCUUUGACCUAUGAUCCCACCACAGCUCUUCAGAAUGGGUUUUACCCAGCUCCUUAUAACAUCACCCCCAGCAGGAUGCUUGCUCAGUCUGCACUCUCCCCAUAUCUUCCAUCUCCUGUGUCUUCAUAUCAGAGAGUAACUCAGACAUCUCCUGUACAAGUACCUAACCCAUCUUGGAUGCACCACCAGUCAUACCUCAUGCAGCCUUCAGGUUCAGUUCUGACACCAGGGAUGGAUCACCCCAUUUCUCUCCAGCCUGCCUCCAUGAUGGGACCUAUUACCCAGCAGUUGGGCCACCUCUCCCUCAGCAGUACAGGCAUGUACAUGCCGACGGCUGCUGCUAUGCAAGGAGCGUACAUCUCCCAGUACACGCCUGUGCCGCCGUCCAGUGUCUCAGCUGAGGAGAGUGGCGGCCAGCAAAAUCAGGUGACGGUGGAUGCUCCCUCAGAUCAUGGGGUCUACUCUUUCCAGUUCAACAAGUAACAGCGUGGUCUGGAACCGAACUGCAAUCUCUCUAAGGCAUGCCUGUGCAAACGAAUUCUUGGCGAUGCUGAUGCUCCCAGACUCCAGAGGGCCAACCAGGAAUACAGACCAUCUGUGGGUCCUGCUAACGACUAACACGCGGUCAUCGUUUUUCACUGGCGGGGCCCUGGAAAGAGAAAUCUACGCACUCCCUAGCCUCUGCUUAUUCCUCCAUUCCUGAUGGAGCCUGGGGGAGCCGUCACUUUUUGUGUGUGCUUCAGCCAAGGAGAUCAAAAGAACUGUUUUUCUUUUUUUUGCAAAGAAAGUUUUCUAUUUUGUUUUCAACUGCAAUAUACUCUUUCCAUAUCCCAAAGAGACAGAGUGCCUGGAGCUUCUUCUCAUCUUUACGCAAAACAGUGUUUGAUGUGUUGGGCUUCUCUGGGGAGGCUUUAAAAAUUUUUGUCAUUUUUUUUUUUAAAAAAAGGGAAAAAGUGUGAAAGAAAGAAAGAUGCAGAAGUCCUACUGUGGACCCUCACACAGAUUUUAGUUAUGGGCUUAUUUUGGUGUGUGUAGAAGAAUAUACAGACUUCAGAAGUUUCAUUUUAUAAAGUCUUAGUUCAUACAUCCCGUCUCUUCUUCACACAUUUUAUGCCUUCUUUCUCUCAUCCAGACUGUUCUUUUUCUCUUUUCAUACAGCAGAGACUGCCCACUUUGCCUUUUUACAGUUUUUAAUUUUGUGAAUUUCUUUUUUGAAUGAAAUUUUGCGUGGACUUUUUAGAGGCCUGGGCAAGGGACAAGGUAGAACACUAAGCAGGCAGGGGAAGCAGCUUGUCCUCCCUCUGCCUUCCUGCAUCCUCACAACCUUGGAAGAAAGACCAGACUUUGCCUUCAGGAAAGAGAGAUGUGAUGCAGGCUUGUUAAACAGACAGUCCCACAGUCUUUGGAAGCCAUCCUUGAGCCAAAUUUGGAUGAAGACUAGGUCUUUCCUGGAAAGUUCCAAAAGGGUGGACUUUCUGACUUCUGACUGAUUCUUCAGAUCACUGAGAUCAACACCGUGUGAGGAAGUGUCUCUUCUCCAGCGACAGGUUUACAGGAAUACCAGCUUUCCUGUUUUCCUGAAGGAUCUUCUUUUUUGCCUGGGGUCUCUGUCCUGUCUUCCUAUCACACAUUGCUGUACUCAGAUGAGCCUUUGCAACUGUGACCUUGUUGAAUCGACUUGGGCUUUUUCCCCACUGUGGAAGAUCAUCUGCUUUAUCUAGACCAGUAGUUCUGGUCUAGAUGAAAAAACCAAGAAGGUGGUUUUGUCCCCUAGAGGCCACUUGGAAAUCUCUGGAAAUCUCUUGCCUGGGGCUGGGGGCUGUGUGCUCUUGGCAUCCAGUGGCCAGAGACCAAGGGUGCUGCUAAAAUAUCUUACAGUGCACAGGACAGCCCCAGCUCCCCCAGCAAAGAAUUAUUUGGCUCCAAAUGUUGGUAGUGCCAAGGUUGAGAAACCUCAUUGUGGACAGUGUUGUUACUGCCUCCUGUAACAGAGGACUUGGUAAGUUCCCACCCUAACCCUGGCUACACAGUGUCCUUUGACACUCAGUGUAACUAGUUGAGAGGGACGGAACUAGGGUCCUUGAAUUUUCCCCAGGCCUUGACCUCGGACACCUCUGCGUGCAGUGAGAGCUGCCCUCGAGAGGCACGUGCACACACACGUUCAGCGGGAUCCAGGUAUGGGGACCGCUCUGUGUUGUGCACUGUGCAGGGUGGGAAGGACAAAGCUCUCUGUAACUGCUCUACCCUCGUGUGUGUUUGGAUCCCUUUUCCAGGGAACCGGAAUAUCAACAAUAAAUUUCCUUCUUGUGGAAGGACAACGGGGAGCUAGGACAGAAAAGGGCAAUAAAUCCCAUCUCAUUACUUACAA